AUGGCCGUUCCCAUCAACUCGUCGGCGACGGCCACCGCACCGCCGUCGUCGUUGCUACGCGUGCUCCAGGACUCGACAGGCUCGACAGGCCUCGUCGCACCUCAGUUUAUUAUCUGCGCACUCCUGCUCACCACCAUCAUUUUCCUCUUCCCGGCUGGCUCACUCUUCCGCCGCGCACUCUACCCUGUACAGCUCGGCCUCAUCGCGUGUGCCUUUGUCGCACCGCUUCCACCGGGCGCGCCGCAGGCAGACCUCUACUCGGCCGGCCUGCUCAUCGCCGGCUGGGCCGCGCGCAUCAUGGACCGCGUGUACAUGGUGCGCGAUCCGGAAAGGUCCCUUCUCCGCCACGGUGUCGAUGACGGUCCCCAUGGCCCCGAGACGUACGGUCCACUGCGCAAGCUCAACUGGGCAUUUGAGAUGAUCACCUCGCAGCGCGGCGUUGGGUGGAGCUGGCAGGUCGGGGCGUUGCCGCGGCCGGACUACACGACGCGUUGGGGCUUUGUGGCCAACCGCGUGUUCCGCUCACUGUGCACCUUGCUGAUUGUGCACUUGGUGUCGGUGGCGGCUGAUGUCAUUCUCACGCUGGACCAGAGCGAGAGCGAGGGCACGAUAGCGAGCGGCCUGGCGGCCGUGCUGCGACAGCCCUUGGUCCUACGUGCCUACGUGACGGUGGGAUGGCUGAUGGUGGUGUACGGGCACGUGGCGCUGCCCGAGAAUGUCAUUUCCAUCGUCACCGUGUCCACGGGCGUGUUUGGCCGCUGGUCGGACCCAAAGCUGUGGCCGCCCAUGUUCAACAGCAUGAGCGAGGCCUACUCGCUCCGGAGGUACUGGGGCAAGUACUGGCACAUGAUGCUUCGACGGACGACCGACGCACCAGGCCUCUUCCUUCAGCAGGAGAUCCCCAUGCUGAGAAACCCCAAGAACAGGGUGGCCCGGCUCGUGCGGCGCUACGGGCUCCUUUUCCUGUCCUUUGCCGUCUCGGGCUUCAUCCACGCCGUGGGCUCGUACAUGGUCACGCGCGACUUCCCCGAGGGCUGGUCCGACGGCGGCGCCAUGGUGUACUUCCUCGCGCAGCCCGCCUUCAUACUCGUCGAAGACACCUUGUUCAUGGCCCUGGGCGUGCCCGACGACGGCAACCCGACCCUCCUCCGGCGGCUGUUUGGCUACGCGUAUGUGGCGGCCUGGUGGUUGUGGUGCUUCCCAACGCUCAAGGUCGCCCCGCUGGCGGCUGCACACCGCCUCGACGGCUGGGACCAGGACGGCUGGCGUGCCUCGGUCGUAGCCUGCAAGGAGCUGGCGGAUGCGUAUCCCUUGAAUCCUGCGCGCGCCCUGUGGCAGGCUCUCGGCCGUUCUUAG